UCGUAGCUUGUCACGUGAAAGGGCCGGGCGCGGAGGGAGAUACGGAAGCCCAGAAGGGCCAGGACCCCUAGUCUCUCCGGAGACGGGGAAAAGCCGCCAAGAUGGUUUACAUCUCGAAUGGACAAGUGUUGGACAGUCGGAGUCAAUCCCCAUGGAGACUAUCUUUGAUAACGGAUUUCUUCUGGGGAAUAGCUGAGUUUGUGGUUUUAUUUUUCAAAACUCUGCUUCAGCAAGAUGUGAAAAAGAGAAGAGGCUACGGAAACUCAUCUGAUUCCAGAUAUGAUGAUGGAAGAGGGCCACCAGGAAAUCCCCCCAGAAGAAUGGGUCGAAUUAAUCAUCUUCGUGGCCCUAGUCCUCCUCCAAUGGCUGGUGGAUGAGGAAGGUAA